UGCGCGCAGCGGGUGGGGCCUGGGGUUCCUGGACGGAGGAGGGCUACGCGUGUCCUUGGGCGGAGAAGGGAGGUGACUCCGGCGGAAGAGGACAAGGCAGAAUGCAGGCCCUUCGGGUGUCCCAGGCGCUGAUCCGCUCCUUCAGCUCCACCGCCCGGAACCGCUUUCAGAACCGAGUGCGCGAGAAACAGAAGUUCUUCCAGGAGGACAAUGACAUCCCGUUGUACCUGAAGGGCGGCAUCGUUGACAACAUCCUGUACCGAGUGACAAUGACGCUGUGUCUGGGCGGCACUGUCUACAGCUUGUACUCCCUUGGCUGGGCCUCCUUCCCCAGGAAUUAAGACCAAGAAGCCUGGGGGGCCUGAGGGACUUGAACAAGUGUCAAUAAACGCUGGCCUCUG